UCCAGAGAUGAGAGCUCAAGUGCUUGUAUGGCUCUUCUUCUUCCUCUGCGCUAGAGCUUUGCCAUGCCGUGCAUCUGAAAGCUCCAUCACACCCAAACCUAGAGGCUCCGACCAGCUUCUCCUGUGCGAAAAGCAAUUCAGAGAUGAAACGAACGCCAUUAGUGAGACAUAUCGACAAGAUGAUCAACGACGACGAGCAAGUGAAGUGCACGAAAUUAUUCACAAAAGGAAAGGAGUUUACGGAGGUGCAGACAUCUAUAAACGCCCUCCAAAGUCUCGCAGUGGAGCGAGCCCCUUGCCUGUUCUUUCAGCAGCAAUUGGGCAUGUUGUUGUGGGUUUUCUUGCUUUUGCUUUCUGCCUCUGACUCCCAAUGGCAGGUUGUUCUGAUGUUGAAUUUAACCAUUUGGAAGAACCAACAAACAUUUGCUAGAGAUCUUUUGAUGUAAUCAUUUGCACAACCUGCUCAUAUCAGUGUUGUCAUUCCGUUUGUAACCAAAUAUUGUGU